AUUGAAGGAAUGGUUUAAAGCAGCCAGGCACCGGGAUAUUCCAAUCACGGGAUCUAUCCUUCAAGAAAAAGCGACAGAGCUUGCGGAACGCCUCAAUGUGACGGACUUCAAAGCAACAGACGGCUGGCUCUCCCAUUGGAAAGGAUAGGGAAACAUAGGAUUUAAGCGAAUGCACUGGGAAAAGAAAGAUGCUGACACCAACGCUGCAGACCACUGGAAAGUCAACGUUCUACCAGAAAUUCUACGAGAAUACAAGCCCGAUGAUGUGUGCAACGCAGACGAAACAGGUCUUUAUUACAGAGCAAUUCCAGAGGGAACCCUCACUUUCAAAAAUCAACAGACCAGCGGAUCCAAGAAAGCAAAAGAGCGUGUGACAGCCAUGAUCGCCACCAACAUGACAGGCACGGAUAAAAGAAAAUUAUUAGUGAUUGGGAAGAGCAAAGACCCCAGGUGUUUCCGAGGAAAGAAGAGUCUUCCAGUGAAGUAUGCAGCUAACAGAAAUUCUUGGAUGACUGGUGAGAUUUUUAGUGAAUGGAUUCGUGAUUUCAAUCGUGAUAUGUGUCGACAGAAAAGAAAAGUUAUCCUGUUUGUGGAUAACUGCAGCGCCCAUCCCAAGGAAUCAGCACAGCGACUAUCAAACAUCCGCCUGGAAUUUCUGCCUCCCAACACUACAUCAUUGAUUCAACCAUGUGAUCAAGGCAUCAUAAGAAAUUUAAAAUCCAGCUACAGGAGUGAACUCUCUGCAAACGACCUUGCCAAGCGUGUAACACUGCUGGAUGCAAUUCACAUGCUUAGGAAAGCCUGGAACGCCGUGAAAUCUUCCACUAUACAGAACUGCUUCAGGAAGGCCGGAUUUACAGCUGAUGAACACCAGGCAGAUUCUGACGAAGAAAACAGUGAGAUUCCAGAGGGUGUGACGGAAGAACAGUUCAACGAGUUAUUGAGAGCCGAAGAGGAUAUUCACUGUCAUCAUGUUACGACCGAAGAAGAAAUCUGUGCUGACAUCAUGGCAGAAGAGUCACGAGAUCCGGAGGACGACGCAGAGAUUGAGGAGAACGAGGAAUUUCAACUACCCGUAACCAGAGGUGAAGUCGAAGAAGCGCUAAAAAUCAUUAGAAGAUUCAUGGAGGAGAACAGCUGUGAUGAUUUCGACCAACUUUACGAAUUAGAGGACAAGUAUGACAAGAAACAUCUUGAGAAAAUAAAAGAAGGAACUGGAGAAUUUAACCAUACAUUUCAGGAUGCAUCAGGAAAAGAGAAGCAGUUCGUAAAUGAUGUUGAUGAGUUGAGAUCAGAAGAUAAGAAACUCGGCAAAAAAAUCCGGGCUCUUGAAAAAACAAAAGAAAGAAAUGAAAAUAUGAAUGAUAUUCGAUCAAAGGAUCCGAAUGAUGAAAUUCUGGAAAUUCCAAAUGGAGAACCAAGAAGAAUCUUGGAAUUGACCAUUUCUGCUCGAAAAUGCUUGAUAGCCCUCAAAGCUGUUGCCCUAUUGCUAAACAGACUUUUCUCCUAG